GCCGUGCCGUGACGUGCCUCUCCUCCACUCCACGGCCUCUGACCCAGCUCCUGCCCUUCCCCGAUUCUCUCUCGCCAAGGCCAACUACCCCUCUCAAAACGGCUUCACUCUCCGGUUUUUAUUUUCCCAUCGUUUCUCUUCUCCUUCCUCCUCUUCACUCCACCACCCUCCUCCCCUCCCUCUUUUGUAGUAUCACUGUCACCAACACCACCAACAACAAGGCUAACGCACACCAACCCAAGAACAAGAAAAGAAAACAAUUGAUUCUGUUUUGAUCUCUCUUCGAUCGAGGUAAGUGCGGUAGGAGGCAAUAAUGGUGGCGGUGCAGGCUGCGGCGACGGCGGAGGCGCCGAUCCGGGCCGAGGCCAAGGUCGCGGUGGCGCCGGAGACGGAUGCGGAGGCCGAGGUGGAGGAGGUGAAGAAGGGCGAUGCCGCCGUUGCCGCCGCCGCCCCGGGAGAGACGGAGGAGGAGCCGGUGUACAGCAGCGACUUGAGGAAGCUGGAGGAGCUCAUGUCCAAGCUCAACCCUUGCGCGCAGGAGUUCGUGCCGUCGUCGCGCCGCACGGCUCCAGUCGCCGUGCCGGCAGCGGCAGCAAAGCCGGCGGCGGGAGGAGGAGGGGUGCUCUCCGCCGACGCGCCUGUGUUCGUGUCCGCCGCCGAGUACUACGGCGCUGCCGGCGGGCGCCUGGAGAUAAGCGGCGGCGGCGCCGGCGGGGGCAGGGACUCUAGCAGCGACGGAUCCAGCAACGGCGGCGGCGCCGGACACCCACUGAAUCGCCGGAGAAGGAACAGCUUCAACCAGGGGAGGCGGAGGGUGGGAGGCCGGCCCCGACGGGCUGAUAGGGAGGACAGUGUGCGGCGGACCGUCUAUGUCUCUGACAUUGAUCAGAAUGUGACUGAGCAGAAGCUCGCUGAAGUGUUUUCUAACUGCGGGCAAGUGGUAGAUUGUCGUAUCUGUGGUGACCCCCAUUCUGUCCUGCGCUUUGCGUUCAUUGAGUUUGCUGAUGAUGCUGGUGCAAGAGCAGCACUAACACUUGGAGGAACCAUGCUUGGCUAUUAUCCUGUUAGAGUUUUGCCUUCUAAAACAGCAAUUCUACCUGUUAAUCCUAAAUUUCUUCCUCGAACUGAAGACGAGAAAGAAAUGGUAUCGAGGACUGUAUAUUGUACUAACAUAGACAAGAAGGUUACAGAGGAUGAUGUAAAGGGUUUCUUCCAGCAAUCAUGCGGAAAGGUUUCUCGGCUGAGGCUCCUUGGUGACUAUGUACACUCCACAUGCAUUGCUUUUGUUGAGUUUGCUGAAGCUGAAAGUGCAAUUAUGGCCUUGAACUUCAGUGGUGUGGUCCUUGGUUUACUCCCUAUCAGGGUGAGCCCUUCCAAGACACCAGUACGUCCGCGGUCUCCUCGUGUGAUGUCCAACUGAGCCCGAUUCAAGCCGCCGUCACCCUUGAGGCUGCCACCAAUGGCAAAUCAUCCCAGGCAGAGCUUCUUCUAGCUAUGAGCGCCCUAGAACCCUUGCUUCGUGGAUCAGUGACGUCGUCGCCGUCGUCCCGAGAGUGUCCCAGUACCUAAGUCAGUCAUAGGAAACCAACUUGCUGCUGCUAAUGUUCUUCGGUCUUUCACAGACCCAUGCACCAUUUCCCUUGUUUUUUUUCUCAUCCCCACUUAUAUGUUAAUUAUGUAUGGAUUCGUCUAUAACUGCCUUUCUCGGGCAUUGGAAGAAGAAUGAAUAACAUUGGUAUUUGUUCUAGCUGUGUGGGA